AUGAGAAAUCAAUAACUUACAAAUACAACUUAAAUUUCACCUAAAACUAACAUUCAAUCAACUACUAAUCAUAAUAAAUAACAAUACAAUCAAUAUUUUACAGAAUUGUUAUAGAAGAACUAAAGUUUAGUUUAAAUAUUUGAACAAUCUACUUAAAGAACUUAUGAUUAUCCAUAAGUCAACCUUUAAAAACUUAGAUCUACUUCUUCUUUUAGAUAAAUAAAUACUAAAGAUUCUAAUACGAAUUAAUCAAAAAUUCUUAAUCCAAUUGAUGUACUUAAGUUAAAAGACAUUCUCCAUACAAACAAUAAACCUAAAAAAUAAAUCAAAAUCAAUCCUUAAAUCUCAUAAAGAACAUCGCCAAAGUGUAAUACCUUACACUUAAACAAUUUGCUGACUGUUAAUAACUAGUUAUUAUACUUAAACAAUACUAAAAAAAUAUCCCCUAAAAUAAAAUCAAUUAAUCAAUAUCAAGUACAAGAAAACAAUCUUCAAUUUACCAAUUAACUUAUUAAAGAAUUUAAAAAAGAAAAUUUUAAUUUAGAUAUUGAGACUCCGAGAUUUUAUGGAAUGGCUUGA